AUGCCCAAAUCCGCGGGCCACGCGCAGCGGGACGAUCGCCAUGGCGGGAUCGCCAUGAAUCCCAGAAUACAUGACGGGCGCGUUGACGCAGGCCGAGGGCAGGCCUCGCCCAUCAGGGCCAAUGCUGAGGGCAUUGGUCUGUCGAUUCUGUCGCCACGGGCGCUCGGCAAGGGGCCUCUGACAAGGGGGGAGGGCGUGGGGCCGCAUGUGGGCGGCGCGGACUUCUGCGGCUGUUUGGAGGGGUCGCUGGAGAAGCGAAGCAUGGCGGAGGGGGCCAAGGGAGCGAGGGGGAAGCUCGGGGCUUGUGCGGCGGGCGACCCCAACAAGCCGGUCGGCUGGCGUUUAUCCUUGUGGCUUUUGUCCAUCGCCUCCGUGUGCGCGGUUUCGUCCAUUGUGGGCUAUGACACGGGAUGGGCCCACUUCCACAAGGACCACUACAAGCCCAAGACCAACACCUACCUGGCGCUCGUGCUGACGAUCAUGGGAGACUACCCGGACGUGGCGGAGAAGAUCCCGGCCAAUCUGGUGGACAUCGUGAAGCCACUGCUGCCCGCUGUCAACAUCAGCAUCGACAUACAAUUGGGGUGGCUGGAGCGAACUACCAUCCUGGACCUCCACUCCGACGAACUGUCUCCCGUCAUCACCAACUUCUUGGAGAAACCGGAACUAGAUCCGUACAGAGAUCAAAUAGAUCAGGUGGCUGUGGACAGAAGAAUGGUCAUGCGGAAUUUCUACAAGGAUACUGGGGUCGAAGCGCAGUGGAGCGGAGCGAUCUCUGCCGCCCUCCUGGCCGUUUCUAUUUUCCUGUCGGUCUCCCUUUUCGCCGCCUAUGCCUUCACCCGCGCCAGCAAGGGGCCGCGCUCCGUGCAGUGUGGCCGGUACUGUUUCAUGGUGAUGAAGCUCAGCACGCUGCUGGGGUAA